CAAUUUGUUACAUUUUUUUCCUGUCACAGUUGUUGCUGAAAAGGACUGAAGAGAGCAUUUGAAGCCAAUAAUUUGACAUCAGUGAAGCAGAAAGUUGAUUCACUUAUGAACCUAAAUUGAGUCAUUUUCAGUAGAAAUGUCUAGAUUGAUGGAGGGCGAGGUCUGAGAGGAGAACAGGUUCAGGUUGAGGCUUAUGCUCAGACACACAGAUGAAGAUAAUAUUAAAACAUCUCCGAAAUACUGUUGUGUUCCUAACAUCAGCGCUGAAAUGGUUUUUUCUUUGUGUCUGUCUGUGUGAAUUUAAAGUUUGUUUGUCUCAAUGAUCUGCACAGGACAAAUCCCGCACGCGCGUUCAUUUUGGAUCAGAGGUCUAAGGAGUUUUUUUCCCUCUAGGUUUAAAAGAGUAGGUUAAGUGACAAACUUCCCAAUGACGAUGGCAAUUACGUAAUUUUACAGCGUUUUCACUGUCCAAAAGUUCCCCCACCCCUUUCAAUGUGCGUGUGCGCGCAGCGACGCACCGUGAGUGCGCGCGCUGCGCAGUCUGGAAGAACAGUUGAGGAGAAGAGUCCUGCAGCGGACAGAGCCACGGAACGUCCCCGGCCGGAAGGCACCGAACAGCGGCUAAGCGCUCCCGGACGCAGCAGAGGAGCUGACAGUGCCGCGGCAGUGGUGAAGUGUGAGCUGCUCCAACAAGCUCACAGAGCAGUUCUCCUGAGGAGCGACAACCUGUGAGGCUGCAGACGGCAUCUGGUGCUCUGUGGCUGACGAACUCCGACCUCCCCACAGGUGUCAGGACAACCAUCACAGAGCUGAAGAUCCAGAGCAACCAAAAGGACAGAGAGACAUGUUGGGGCAGGGGGUGCAUGUGGCCCUGACGCCCGUGUUAUUCCUGCUGCUGUGGCAGGAAGCAGGACCCAUUGAAGUUCCUCUUGAUCCAACGAUUCAGCAGAAGUUGAAGCAGCCCCCCACCAUUAUUAAACAGUCAGUGAAGGACUACAUUGUGGACCCCAGAGAUAACAUCAUCAUCGAGUGUGAGGCCAAGGGCAACCCAACCCCAACGUUCCUUUGGAGAAAAAAUGGGAAGUUUUUCAACUUUGGGAAUGAUCCUCGGGUGACCAUGCAAAAACACUCUGGGACCUUAAAAAUUGGGUUCCGGCCUGGGGAAAGACCUGAGGACUACGAGGGGGAGUACCAGUGCUUUGCCAGUAAUGACCACGGAGUAGCUAUGUCCAACAAGAUCCUGCUGCGGGUUUCCAAGGCUCCUCUGUGGCCCAAAGAGAUUUUGGAGCCUAGGGUGGUGACUGAGGGUUCCCCGCUGAUUCUGCCCUGCAACCCUCCUCCAGGCCUGCCCCCUCCCCAGAUCUUUUGGAUGGACAGCAAUAUGAAUCCAAUCCCGCAGAAUGAAAGGGUGUCCAUGGGUCAGAACGGAGACCUGUACUUCUCCAAUGUUCACCUCCAGGAUGCAGAGAGAGACUACAGCUGCAACGCUCGCUUCAACUUCACACACACCAUCCAGCAGAAGAACCCCUUCAGCCUCAGAGUCCAGACCACUGAGCCUUACAACGACACAUCUUUCAAUGCCACUGACCCGUACGGUGGCAGGAGAGUAGCUGAGUCACGACCCUCUUUCUUGACACCUUCGGGGAUCCAGAGCUCCAAGAUGGUUCUCAGAGACCAAGAACUGUUGCUGGAAUGCAUCGCUGCUGGCCUUCCCACCCCCUCUAUUACCUGGUUUAAAAAGGGGGCAGAGCUUCCAGCAAAGAAGGUAAAGUUUGAAAAUAACAACAAGGUGCUCCGUGUGCUGAGCGUGUCGGAGGAGGACGCCGGGGAUUACGUGUGCACCGCCAACAACAAUGUGGGCAUGAUACGCCACACAAUCUCUGUGGAUGUGAAAGCUGCUCCAUACUGGCUGGAUAAACCCACUAACCUGAUUCUAGCCCCUGACGAGGGUGGCCGUUUGGUGUGCAGAGCCAACGGCAAGCCCAAGCCCACCAUUCAGUGGUUUGUCGACGGAGAGCCUUUGGAAGCAAAGAUUCGGGAGGGCAGCUCCAACUCAGUGCGGCACAGGGAGAUGUUGGGUGACACCAUAAUCUUUCGCUCAGUGGAGAUUGGAAGCAGCGCCGUAUACCAGUGUAAUGCCUCCAACCAGCACGGCUAUUUGCUGGCCAACGCCUUUGUCAGCGUUCUGGACCUUUCCCCCAUGAUGCUCGGUCCCAAAAACCAACUGAUUCAAGUCAUCGAGAACAACCGAACCUUCCUGGACUGUCCCUUCUUUGGCUCCCCCUUACCUGAACAUCGCUGGUUCAAGAAUGGACAGGGCAGCGGGCUGGACGGUGGACAUUACCGUACUUAUCUCAAUGGCUCCCUAGAGAUAAAACGGACCCGGAGAGAGGAUGAGGGAACCUACACCUGUGUGGCAAGCAACAUGCUGGGAAAGGCAGAGAACCAGGUCCAUCUGGAGGUCAAAGAACCGACUCGAAUCGUGCAAGCCCCCGUGCAUCAAUCAGCUGUUAGGGGAACUACGGCUCGUUUUGACUGUAAAGUGAAUUCGGACCCCACCUUGCCCGUCACCGUGACCUGGACCAAGGAUGACAAGCCCCUGGAUCUGAGAUGGAGGCUGAAGAAGGACAAGGACUCGCUGACCAUCUCCAACAUAAAUGAGGGCGACGCAGGAACCUACACGUGCAUGGCCAAAUCUGCCAUCGAUCAGGACUCAGUGUCAGCCCGCCUCACCGUUUUAGAGGAUGCCUCCCUCCACCCCUCACUGUCUAGUGCCUUGCCGCCAGGUCGCCCAGAUCCCCCCAUGGACUUGGAUCUGUCAGACCCAGCAGCCCGUAGCGUCCGCCUCACCUGGAUCCCAGGAAAUGACCACAACAGUCCAAUUACAGGCUUUCUGGUUCAGUUUGAGGAGGACCGCUGGGAGCCCGGUCGGUGGCAAAACUUAACUAGCUUUUCUGGGGAUCUCAACUCCGUUGUCCUGCAGCUAUCCCCAUAUGUGAACUACCAGUUUAGGGUCAUUGCCAUUAACUCAGUGGGUCAAAGCGACCCGAGCCAGCCCUCGCCAAGAUAUAAGACCAGCGGAGCAGCCCCUGAUGCCAUUCCUAGAGGUUUGAGAGGAUGGGGGACCAGAAAUGAUAACAUGGAAAUCACCUGGGAGCCCCUGCAGGACCUGGAGAGGAACGGUCCAAACCUCCAGUACCAUGUUUGGUGGAGGCGGAAGGACUCUGGAGAACAGUGGGACAGUGGGACUACACCUUCGUCUAACUAUGUUGUCCAGAACACAGACACCUAUGUGCCUUAUGAGAUUCGAAUCCAGGCCAGCAAUGAGUUUGGGUCUGGCCCGGAGUCCAAUGUGGUCAUUGGGUACUCUGGGGAGGACAAACCCACAGAACCACCUCGCCAGCUGCAAGUGUCAAAUGUGGACAGCACAAAGGCUCAGGUGAAAUGGAAGGCCGUGAACAUGAGCUCCAUCCGUGGAGAGUUCAAGGAAUACAGACUCUAUUACAGUCGUAAGUCCAGUCUGGUUCCUGGCCUGGUUGUCAAGGAGGAGACCAAGAACAAAGGUUUCUACACGACUGCAGAUGAACCAUCUGGGAUUCUCACUGGUCUGGUGCCCUUUUCCAAAUACAAAAUGUCUAUGGUGGUCGCCAACAACCGCUUUGAGGGUCCACCAAGCAACAUGGUGGAGUUUACCACCAGGGAGGGGGUCCCAGAUGCUCCCAAGUUCUUCAAGAUUAACCGCAGAACUCUGGACACCCUCUACCUGGAAUGGGACAGGCCUCUGGAGCCCAACGGCAUCCUAAUAGGAUACAAGCUUGAGUACCAAGCAGUCAACAGCUCCAGGCCGAGUAGCCCAACGAUCCUGACUAUCCCGCAUAAUGUGACGAAGCACACUCUUCGACUUCCGGACCGAUCCACACGCUACAAGCUGUUCCUGUCUGCGCUCACCCAGCAAGGGUCAGGGGAGGUCUUCGCUGAAGAGUCGCCUCACUUUUCUAAUGAAGAGGGCUUUACCGAGGAGGAAGGCCUAGUCGAGCUUACCAACGCCUUCGUCUUCUCCGAUUUCACCCCUACUCCUCCUCCUCUUGCUACUCUUCCUUCCACUACAAUCGCUGCUACAGAAAGUAGUACCCCAGCUACCACCCCCCUAACAACUACGACUACUUCUUCCACUACCACUGUGGCGCCGCCGCCCACCACCACUGAGGCCCCCCCCACCACCACAGCUGCAGUGCUGCUCAUCAGCAGGGGUCCCAAUCUGAAUGUGUUGGUGACCCGCGGGCCUGAGAUCUGGAAUCUGACGGUGGACCCUAACAGUGUCUAUGCUAACGUCAGCUGGAGACACAGUUUCCCGGCCGGCAGCAGCGCAUUUGUGCUAGAGUUUGCACUGGACAGCGAGAAGACAAGGAAAGUAGUGAAGAGCGUACCAGUGAUGCAGCAGCCCCCAGUUACUGUAGCGGAUCUGAACGCCAGCACCACCUACCAUCUGAGGGUUUACUCCCAUGAGCUCAACAGCAUCAGCAGCACCUGGGUCAUUUUUAAGACCAAAGCAGCAUACAUCGACCAGGUGGACAUCGCCACUCAGGGUUGGUUUAUUGGCCUGAUGUGCGCCAUCGCUCUUAUCAUUCUCAUCCUCCUCAUCGUCUGCUUCAUUAAGAGGAGUCGGGGGGGAAAGUACCCAGGUGCUGUCUGGGUGGCUACAGUCAGAAAGGUUCUGGUCCGCGAUAAGAAAGAUCUGCCCUUGGAUCCAGUGGAUCAUAAAGACCAGGACGGAUCUUUUGACUACCACAGUGAUGAAGACAACAAGCCCUUGCAGGGCAGCCAGACAUCGCUGGACGGUAACGUGAAGGAAAGCGAUGACAGUCUGGUAGACUACGGCGACGGGGGCGAUGGCCAGUUUAACGAGGACGGCUCCUUUAUUGGUCAGUACACGGUGAAAAAGGACAAGGACGAGACGGAGGGCAACGAGAGUUCGGAAGCCACCUCCCCCGUCAACGCCAUUUACUCACUGGCGUAGUUGAGACUAGACUCACGCCGGACUCCUCCAGUGCUGCACUGACACCACAAGCCUUUCAUUUCUGUUUGUAGCCAAUGGAGGCCAUGUUGGCCCCCUGCCCUCCCCACACAGACUGGUGUGCCUUUGGGGCAGCUGGCAACAUCUGAGGCUUCAGCAGGUGCUCUGUGGACGUUUGUUUCUUUGUGGCCUGUUUCUCCCUUCCUGAACACACAUGUCCACACGCGUAUGUGCACCAACACACGUGCACACACCGACAUAUCCGCCUUGACGCCUGAAGAAGAGUUUAUCACACUGAUCAUAGUGAGGAGACAGGCCCUGCUGAGCCUCCAGGAUCCCGCCGCACCUGUUGGUUCUAGCAGAACUAUGCACUUCCAUCUCCUUCAUGCCUUCCUGGUUCUGAUCCGAUCCUUAGGAAGUUCAAAAUCACUUUCACCUUUAAUCCAGAGCUGUAGGUGCUCAAAAAAGGCCUCAGACGAAAUGCUGUGUCAGCAUUAGUAUGAAACUAAUGAUGUCCAUUUUGAAACCAUAAAAGUGUAUCAUUACUUUUGAGCACGGUAGUAAACUUAGAGCACGGAAACUUGAGCGAUAAAAGAGAAAUGAUAGUUUAUGCGAGAAAAAACCUUCCUGAAGAAAAAGCAUUACAGUUCAGUUAAAGUAAAAGAAAAUCUGGACUUGCGUUCAGACCAUGGUUCUCUUUUUUUACACAGAUAUGUACGUUUCAUAAUGCAGUCAGCAAUUCAUGGCUUGUCAUGGAAAAAAUUUGAAAUCCUAUCAAUCAUGUUUUUAUUUUGUUUUUUGUUUUUUAAUGAUUUUAUGCAAUGCAGAUUUUUUUUCACUGUGGGACACAAACAAAGCACAGAGAACAGGUGUGUCCAUACUUAGCUAUCUUUCUGGUGGACUGAGGAGCACAGGGUUCAGGUACUCACCCCCUCACCCCAAAGAAGAUCCCAUUAGUCAAAAAAGCAGCAAAAACAGAAACACCAAUACAGUAGUUUAAAAUCAUUUACCUCCGUCCAUUCCAGUAACGUGCGCUUCUUUUUCAGGAAACAUAAGGUACAUCUGAAUUCUUAAAAAUUUGCCCUAACACCUUGACUCCAUUGGCAAAUGUCAUGGGUCAAAGGAGAGAAAAGGGGAGGGAUUUAAAAAGAAAAAUGAGUCUUAACUCUUUUAUGAACAAUGUGAGCAGGAGGCCCAGAAAAAAGUUUGCAAGUAUUUUAGUGUCUCUGAUUCUUGGCUUUAAACAGACAGGCAAUUUGUUUUCAGUUUUUUACACUGCAAAGAAUUUUGGGACUGGAUUAUGAUCUUGUUUCUUUUGCUAGAGGAAAUAAUAAAGGGAAGCGGCUGAACUCCUUUGCUUUUAAAAGUAGAAACCUCUUGGUCAUUUCCCUCAGAAAAGAUCUUUUCUUUUAAAAAAAGGGACCAAAACCUAUGUUUUAUUGAAGGUAUGACCUCAAUACAUGGGUGUCAUCUCUUUAUUGGCUGCAUGGCCAACUGUUAAGGCAUGGUUUACUAAUGUAGCGUGGCCUCUUUAAGAGGGACAGGCUUCAUUACUUGAAUGUGAUCUUUGAGUUUGAGGCAUGCUCUCCAAUCUCAUUCCAUUAGAAAUUAUGUCUUUGUUUGAACUUCUUAUUUGGCUUUUGGUUGCUCCCUUUAGAGGUCACCACAGCUUAUCAUCUGCCUCCAUCUAACUCUACCUGCAUCCUUCUAACUCCCACCGACCACCCUUAUCUCCUCCUUCACCUCAUCCAGUGAAGGAGCUUCUCCUCUUGGUCUCUGUUGUGGUAAAUCCAACAUCAUCACUUUCCUCCCUCUCAACAUGUCCGAACCAUCUCAAUCUGCUGCCCUAAAGUUAUCUCCAAAAAAUCUAACAUCAGCUGUUCAACAGGAAGGAAUCCAGUAGAAGAACAGUUCAGAGGAACUGUUCCUCUGGCGGAUUUAUUCCUGUUGAAGAGAAAUUCAACAUAUUCAGCUUCUACCUCUAGCUUCGCCUCCUGUCUCUUUCUCACAGCCACUGUCUCUAAACCUGCAACAUGGCUGCUCUCACCAUAGCCCUCUACACCUUUCAUUAUCACUGAUUCUCUCUAGCACACAACACAUUUUUUUUAAACUUGUCCUGUCCAAUAACUGAGCAAACAGAUGAGAGCUUAAAGCCUCUUGUGUUGGACAUAUUUUACUGUCACAACAUGGGUUGGUUUUGAAUCUUCUGACAUGCAAGGGGUAUAUUUGAAUAAACCCCUUUUGUAAUUGAGACUAAACUUUAUUCACAUUAAUUAUAUUUAUCACUGUUUUUUGUUGGACCGAAUGGAAAAGAAAAGGAGGGAGAGAGAGGGAUGUUAGAGAAUGGGAGGGGGGGGGGGGGUAAAAUCAUAAAGCAUCGUAAAGUUGCUGGAAGUUUAUAAUCAUCACUGUCAGGUUUAGCUGUAUAACAAAUCCAAAAGGGCCGGGACCUGUCCACACACACUCUCAAAUGUUACAAACAUACCUGUUGGCUCCAAUAAUGUUUAGUACAUAACACACUUGACAAUGUGUCUUUCCUUUCCCAUAACAAACAAGAAGGAGCUUAAGGCCGAUCAACUCCUCGGUCACACCUAUAACACAUCUCACCACUGUCUUGGCUCUCAUACCUGGCUUCGUAUGAACACACCUGUCAGUGCCCACCACAGAACCUAGAUUAACGCGAACGUGUGCAGCUCUAAGGUCAUGGGCGGUCUCAUGUCCUUCAAGCUGAUUGGAAUCAAGUUUUUGUCAGUGCUCUCUGUAGCAUCUUCAGAAUCAUGAGAUGUUCUUGAUGCUUCAGCUGGACUUCAAAGAUUUAUUUUAUAUUUCUAUUUAUCACACAUUGUGCAUAGAGUUAAUAUAUUAGCCUCUAACAGUUGUGUUGUACAGAAUGGUCAGGAAAAACUGGUUUGAUGCUGUAAACAAAGAUCAGUGCUGCUGUCAUUCAUCCAUGUGUUUCUGUUGUAACAUAACCUGUCUGCACACAAAUGAAUAUUAUUGUUCUCAUCCUUGUAUUCUUUGUAAAUAUAUGAAAUUCAUUUUUUCCCCAGAAAUACUUUAUGAAAGUCAAACAAGUUCACGUGCUGGUUUGUUCGUGCCUCUUCAUCGGGUCGGGCUGUUGAACAUAAUUCCUCCUCUGUGAUGAGAGUCGCUUGAUGAUGGCUUUGGUCCAGAGAGUUCAGGUUCUGUGUAAUGUCAUGUCUAAGGCUUAAGGACCGGUCCAAACUUCAGCUGAUCCUAUCGGCACCUUCCACAAGCGCAUUAAUAAGUUCAAAGGAGCAAGAAUCUUUAGGUUUAAUGAAGAGGAAGGUGAUCCUCAUCAACACAACACAACGCUCCUCUGUCUGAAGGUUGUGGUACAUUCAAGCGUCAAACCCUGACUGAUUGAAAUGAGAAGAUUUGAACAACAAAACACAUUGCACAAUAUCACAAUUACUUCAGAACUGGUCAGGACAGAGUGAAUUAAGAUGACUUGGAAAUGGUUCCAACUCACUGAUGAUUAUGUCAAAAACCAAAGACGAUCAAAAAGAAGAGUGAAGCUAGACUUCUCCUUUUUCCGUGGAGCUCAAGCUUCUCAGACAAUUGUCCAUUCAUUCACGCUCUUUAGGUUCCUCUAUUUGUUGGGUCAUUAAUUCUUGCAUUUGCCUUUUCUCCAUUCAUUCAUUAAUUGUUGCAGUUGUUAUUCAUUGAUUCCUUCAUUUAUUUGUUCACUUAACAUCAGCAUUAAAAGAGGAACACUUUCAUGUUUCAAUUGUGUUUGGAACAGCCAACAGAAGCUUCUCCUUUGUUGCCCAAUGGACUGACCGACUGAAGCAGCUACCUGAUGACUCCAACUGAAAAAAGGGGAUGUGAACAUUUACCUAUAUAAGGGUUAGGUUGUUGUAUUAGAACGUGUUCAUGUGUGGAAAAGAAGCUUUUUAUGUUUAAAACGUUUCCAUGUGUUUACACAAAUGUUUCAAAUACUUAUUCAGACUAUUUUAAAAAUACAUUUAGGAUAAUCUGAUGGUUUGGGAACGAUCUGAGCGAAACUACAUUAUAAAUAUCAACAUUUUGUGUGUUUUCAUGUUUGUUGCUUUAUGACCUCUGCUGUGAGUUGCAGCUACAGAAAUGAAUUGAUAAGAGGCUGACAAACAACCCUCGACCGCAUUUUAUCGUUUGUGCAGAAUUUAUUGGAGCUGAUCUCAGUAAAAACAGAAAACGCAGUCAGCGUUUCGUCCUGUUGCCACACCCUCUACGCUUCUGAAUUCACUGAGCAGGUCUUUCCCCUGACACCUCCAUUCAACGCCUAUUUGUUUCUGCAAUGUUUUAAUUUGAGCACACGCUGACAAGCAGAGAAAAAGCACUGAGAGUUUAAUUGUGAGCUAAACAGCUGGACUCUGAAAUCUGCAACCCCUUCCCUUGAUCAAAAAUCACAUGUGAAAGAUUAAACUACCACACACACAAAAAAAAAAAUGGGGCCGUGUGCACCUGUGCUGUUUGUGCACGCUGGUCUAUUGUGCUCUCGGAGGGAACGGGUCAGCUGUAGGACUUGACGUUUCCUGAGACUGCUCACAUUUAUUAUCUCCUUCUGGUUUUGCCAGAGUGGCUUCUUACAGCCUCGCUUCAUCAUGCAAAGCUUUUGUAAGGAACAUCUAAUCAAGAUGAAAUGUAUACUCACCUGUAUGCGUGUAUGACUUGUUGCAACUUCUGCUAGCAGCGCCUUCUUUCUAGUAAAGCUCUGCCCUUUUGUCUACCUCUGC